UCCUUAAUGACCCGGACACUGCCCGUCGAUGUGCUGCGCUCGUUUAGACGCUGCUGCCGGAGCCGAAGCCAAACUUGUUGAAGUCCAAGUCAUUCCAGCUCUCUGCCUGCCUUGGUCUGAGAUUUCUCAAAAGUACACAGGGCGACUAUUCAUGAACUGAAAGAUCUCCUUCCACUUCUGACUGAGAAAAAUCGGUGUAAAUUUGUGGCUACGGGACAUGCCUAGAAGACUGACUUCAUCAAUACCGUGCUCAUCUUGUUCUAGCACCAAGAGAUCGAAGAUGCACCCCUUCUUCCUCUUCCUCCUCAUUUUCUUGCUUCCCCAUGAAAUCCUCUCCGGCACAGCAGCCGCCGCCUCGUGUAACCGCUGGUGCGGCGACACCACCGUCCCCUACCCCUUCGGCUUCUCCGACGGCUGCCCCAUCGCCCUGUCAUGCGACGCCGACACCUCGCCGACCCUCCCAUACACAGGAGGAGGCAGCGGCACAUCGUACCGCGUUGUCUCCUUCAACUCCACCAUCUCCACCGUCAUGGUCAGCCUCCCUGUGUCGUGCAUCCGCAGCGUCCCAGAUGUCAGGAGGGCGCUCUCGGGCGCCAAUUACGGCGUCUCCGCGCGCACCAUGCUCUCCGUCCGAGGGUGCCACAACGCGUCGGCAUCCAGCUGCAUCAUACCCGCGGGCGUCAUUUCGAGGCUGCUCGACACAGCGCGGUGCGACGGCAGCGAUGCCUCCGUGAAGUGUGUCGCCUCCGUUGCGCCGAACGCCUCCGCCGGGUUGGCGUACAGGCAGUUCCUGCGGUGGGAAGACGUGGAGAAGGCAAGCUGCAAUGACGUGCUGGCGUCGGGGGUGUGUCUGGACAUGGUGGAUGGGGUGCUGUCGCUGGCCAACGAGGUGGCGGAGCUGGCGUGGUGGCUCAACGGCACGUGCGUCGGCGGCGGCGGGGGUUGCGCGGCGAACGCGACGUGCUCCGAUGUAAAUACGCCGAGCGGGUCGGUGGGGCACCGGUGCACGUGCGUGGCAGGAAUGGACGGCGACGGGUUCUUGCCUGGAGACGGAUGCUACGUCGGUGCAUCCCUGCGUGGUGUCUCAAGCUCAAAGCGCCGAAAACUAACACUGCUAGUCAGCGUAUUUGGCGCGUUCGUGCUUUCUCUCGGCAUCUUUUCCCUCUUCCUCGUACACCGGCGGAGAAAGCGCAAUGCCACGACGAAGACAACCAAUCAGAUCCCGAAAAAGGCAGUAACACACUUCGAUGGCGAACUCGUAGAAAAGGAGCUAGAGCAAGGAGCCAAUGGACCCCGGCCAUUUUCCUACCAUGAGCUCACCAUCGCCACCGACAACUUCUCUGAUGAUAGGGCGCUAGGGAGAGGAGGCUUCGGGUCUGUGUACCGAGGGUUUAUGAGCAACAUGAAACGGGAAGUGGCUGUCAAGAGGGUUUCUGAGACCUCCCGGCAGGGUUGGAAGGAGUUCAUCUCCGAGGUGCGGAUCAUUAGUCGGCUCAGGCACCGGAACCUUGUGCAGCUCAUUGGUUGGUGCCACGGCGGCGACGAGCUCCUCCUCGUCUAUGAGCUUAUGCACAAUGGCAGCCUCGAUUCUCAUUUGUACAGAUCUGACUGCAUGCUGACAUGGCCUGCUAGAUAUGAGAUAGUGCUCGGUGUAGGUUCGGCGCUUCUAUAUCUGCACCAAGAGACGGAGCAACGCGUGGUGCACAGGGACAUCAAGCCUAGCAACAUUAUGCUAGACGCCUCCUUCAUCGCCAAACUCGGUGACUUUGGGCUCGCCAGGCUCAUCAAUGACGGCCGGAAAUUGCACACGACCGGCAUAGCCGGCACGAUGGGGUACAUCGAUCCGGAGAGCUUGCUGGCCGGCAGGGCGAGCGUCGAGUCGGAUGUGUACAGCUUUGGAAUUGUCCUCCUUGAGGUAGCCUCUGGGCAGCGGCCAGCUCUAGUCCAGGAAGACGGUGACGUCGUCCACCUGGUGCAGUGGGUGUGGGACUUGUAUGGCAAAGGAUCAAUUCUAGACGCCACCGACGAGCGACUUAAGGGGGAGUUUGACAGCAGGGAGAUGGAGCGUGUUAUGGUCGUGGGGCUCUGGUGUGCGCACCUUGACCGUGCGAUGCGUCCAUCCAUCAGGCAAGCGUUGAACGUGCUGCGGUCUGAAGCGCCAUUACCAAGCCUCCCGGAUAGGAUGCCGGUAGCCACCUAUGGGCCACCGACUAAUCAUUCGAGUUCCGGAACUUUGGCGCUGAGCAGCGUCAGUGGCCGGUGAUGGCGUUCCCACCAGAACAAUAGUUAAAUUCUUCAGUAAUUAUAGAAUCUUAGUUCCUCGUGUCGGUUAUCAAUUGUCCACGAUCAAUAGGAGACAAGUAUGCAUGAAUAAAAUGUUGCCGCCGCUGAGCAUCUACGGAGCAAACACCAUGUAUAUUGCCAGAUCAUCUUUGUUUGCAAAGAAACUCUUCCUCUUCCUUCUCAGUUUCUUGCACCUGGCUUGAUGUCCCUAUGCACCACUUCUUCCUCUUCCUAUCUGUUGCUUGCUUCCUCAU